AUGGCAAUGGGGUCGCUGAGGAAAUCAGACUGGAAGAUGGAGCUUAUCCCAAUGGAGAUGGAGAUGAUGUCGACCCCAUCGUCGACGGCAUCGUCGAUGGCCUUGAGUAUGUUGGAGCUUGCGCAGCCCCCCGCCGAGCAGGCCUUGUACACGGCCAACCUGCUCGACGGCGAGCCGCCCUUCGCCACUCCUCGCGCGAGGCCGUAA